UGUGUGUACUUAACUAAUAUAAAAUAACAUUAUCUGGUAAUAUUUCUUGUUUUUAUGAUAUUUUAUAUACGCUAUAUGCUUUAACCCGGAAUCCUGAUCGGAACAACUACCCACUUUUGAUACUAAACAAUUUGUACGUGAAGGAUUUGCCAUAUCAAAAAUCUAAAAAAAAAUCCGUCAACGUACAAUUAUUUGGACUAGGGAGAAGUGGGGAGACUUUAGGGAGAAGUGAUACUUUUCCUAACACCUGAUACAAAAACUAUGCCAUACCUCACACCUUUUCAGUUUAUAUUCACAUUCAAAUUGAUUGCUAUAACUAUAUAAAAUAAUGUAUCAUUUUUGGCUCGGCAAGUGUAUUUGUCAAUGUCACAUAGUUCAUCUCCAAAUAGCAUCUUAAAUGAAAUAAAAAAAACGCAAGACAGCUAAGGAUUUGAAACAAUCACAAUGACCUUAUAAAUGAACUGCCAAUAUAGUAGGGGGGGCGAAUCUUAUUUUGGUACAGUGAUUUUUUUACUAACAAUUUGACACCGAAUAUCAGCCUUUUCACAAUCGCCAAAAAAAACGCUAAAAUUCCCAAAAAUGUGAAUAAAAAUUCCCAAUUCCCAAUAGCUUCUUGUGAACAAAGUGUUUUUUUAUUAAAUCGGCGUCAAAACUCGUAAAAGUUGUGUAAAACUUUGAAGAUUUACAUGGAAAUCUGCGAUUGCGAAUUCGCAUACAUAUUGAAUACCGAAUGACAGCUUUUAUCGAUACCGAUCAAGUAGACGCACGCUCCUAAUGUAAAGCGCUGGCCGCAAAGCACUUAGUCACGCGGAGCAAAAUGACUCAGCCAAAUUUGUAAACAAUUUGAGAUGUAAAGGCAAGAAACGGCAAGUAUUAUCAGAAUUUUUUUUAAAAAUCCACGCUGCCGGUUCUCCAACAAUAUUUUCCGCCUUUAAACAGAUAUCAUUUACCGAGUUUAAUUUGAUAGAAAUAAGCAUAAAACAUGGCAUUUCUACCUUAUGAACAUUUAGUAGACCACCGUCAAUCUUUUAGCAAUCAUUUCAUAUUUUUUCGCUUUCUGCUUUUAAAUACAUGGUUACAAUCGUGUAAUCAAUUAAUUCUUUUCCAUAAGUGCAUUAUCUAUUCUAGUAAGUAGUUUAAGGUUUAUCAGUCAAAAUUGAACUUUGUUAUACAUGUGUAUGUAUCGAUUUUGAAUAAGAGUGUCACUUUAAUAAAUAUGCAAUUAUCAAAAUUUCAUUGUUGUCUAUUUUCAUUUUAUUGUCAAUACAGACACUUAAUCAGACUGUAUGUAUGAGUAUAGCACUAUUGUAUAUCAUAAUUAGAAUUUUAAGGUUUUGUUAAUUUUUCACAAUUUAAACUUAAAUGCGCUAAAAUUUCACAAAAGAAAAGGCAUGGGCUGUUUCACAAAAAAGAGAAAAAAAUCACUGUGGUAUGUUCAGGAUAGGGUACGAAUGUCACAUUCAGCUACAGUACACUCAACGAGUUAGACCCACUUCUCGCUCACUCCGAGGGAUAAAGUCGAUGAUCGCGGGUUUCCUCCGAGUGUAAAACUGUUGCCCUCGCCAAAAUCCCCCCAAGUUCUUCAGAGUGGCUGGCUUACCGCCGAGUUUAAUAUGAACAUUGACAAAUGAGAAUCGUCCGAUUUUAUGAUCCCGCGGCGGAACUCCCGAGUCUAAUCAGAUAAGCAAGAAAUCAUUCUUGUUUAGAAGUUACUUAUUUUUAUGCUUAUGCACAUUGUUAAGCGUAAAAGAUUCUUACAUGUACCAACGUUUAAUUUGUAUUUAUGUCCAUAAACGCCAAUUGAAUAUUGUCUUGAAUUAUAAACAUUGAAGUUAUUGCAUCAUAAAGCAGCCGACUAUUUACGAGAUUCUGAACCAUGACCUCUGACGUCAAGUGCGUGAUCAAUACAAUGUAGGAUAUACUAUUUAUUAUUGGUGGUUAAAAAUAGCUAUGAUGUUUCAUGGAAUUUUCCACAGAAAACGAGGCAAGAAGGCCUUCAAAACCAUGCGCUGUGAACUUGGAACGCGUGUUUGACCUCCUGAUUUUCCGAAAAUGUGUAACCUAGAAUUUCUCGGAAGAAAUAUGUUUAUCAGUCAUUAGCAAAAACACUUUUAUAAGAUGCGUGUGCAACUAGUGAAAUAUGACUGCAUUUUUGUGGUAAGCUAACUAAAUGCAAAACGGGCAGAGGAAAAAGAAUAAUAGCAAUUUACUUGAGCCGUCGUAAUCGGUUGAAAAUUUUAAUAAAUAAAAUAAAUAUAACUUUAGCGUAGAUUCUUAUCUAGUGUCCGCCGAGUUUUGCCGAGUUCGUUAUUCUUCGGUCGACUGAUCACCCUCCGAGGGCCUUAAUUUCAAACUCCGAGGAACGCGGACAGUCGAUAAAAUCAUUUUGUUGUCCUCGAUAGCAAAAAUCCGAGGAGGGAAACGGAAAGUGGGUCUAACUCGUUGAGUGUUCUGUAUAAAAAAAACAGGAAUUGUCUUCUUUCUUUGGGUGCUUUUCAUGUUAUUUUAAAACAGAAGUGGUACUUAAUUUAAAUUUAACAGUUUGGUAUUUAUCCUGUGAUGAUCAGCGGUAUCGCAGUUAAUUUGGCACAUGGACCGAUUUCAACAGUUCUUUAAUUUGUUUAAUUAUGUGUCUCCUGUUGUCUACCACGUGUUUAGACCAAUUACAAGUGUCCGUCAAUAUCGAGUGUUCAUGGUAGUAGAACAAAGUUGCUGAUCACUUUGGUCUGAUGGUUAUCUUUUCAUUGGGGUAUUAUUGGGAUACGUGAAUGACAAACCAGGUUUGUGUAUAACAAUUUUUACAUAUUUUACUGAAUUUGACGUUUUGGACCAAAAUUAUAAAAAAAAAAAUGUACAAAUAUUGGAUUUUUCAACCAUUUUCAGCAUGGUCAAAAUCAGUCAAAACCGGCAAAUUGUCGGUUUUAAGAAGCCCUGGUUAUUCGACAGUAUUAUGGAGGAAAACCUUAAUUAAAAAAAAUCCACUUUUAAGCAGUGUUUUAAUUAUUGAUUACUUCUUUAAAAAAAGGUGAAAACUGAGACGGACGUUACCCCUACAAUUCAAGAUGGACUGAGAUCAAAUUUACUGGUCAUGACUGUUGGAUUGAUGGGUUUCGCAAUGAUUGCCCUUCGACUUGGGAAAUUUCAGACAGAUGUCACCUUAGUCUGGCUUAGAACAAAAUCUUCAUAUCGGCUUCUAUUUCUAUAAUUAUGCAGUUAUUGAGUUUUUGGGUAACAAGUAUCUACUUGCUUCAUUGUAUGAAUUUGAAGUUCACUUUUUGAUGUAUAGAUAUUCUAAGACUUAGAAGAUUUUUUUCUGAGGGAGGACUUUAUGCAACUGUUUGUCCCCUUUUUAAGAUACAAUUCUGCUUGGUUGUGAUUUCUGCUUUUAAAAAAUUACUGCAAUUUUGGGGUUUUAGCCAGGAUUUGAAAAGGAAAGGUUGCUGCAGAAAAGGGACAGGGUGCUAAGGUUAAAAAGGGCACAUUGAAUCGGGCUACAUGUAUUUUAAGUUUUAAACAAAACAUAAGAAAUAAUUGAGUCAUGGGCGUUUAAUUCUAUGAAGGCAGAAUGGUACCCAUGCUGGUCUCCAUGAGAGCAGAAGGGUGCCACUGAAAAAGGACAGUUUGCAGCACCCUUUCAUACCCUUGUAGCUAAAACCCUUAAUUUCAUCUGAAAGAUAAUUGAGGUCAGCAGUGAUUCAUGGAGCUGCAGUGUAUACAUAUCAUAUCAUGUAUUUAACUUUACCCGAGUAUAUCUCUGUACAUCUCAUUUUUAAAUAGAUAAAGCUUAUCACAUGUCUUGUGACAAGCUUGAACUGUACCUGUGAUAACAUCAAUUAGUUUUCUAUACUAAAAUAUGGCUGCACUUUGUUGGCUUGUUUUUAUUGCUGUAAUUGUGUGGAUUCCUGUUUGUGAUGGGGAAAGCCCUGUGUUCAUGUGUCCAUCCACACGUUCAGUCCACAGCGGUGUGAACGUUGCCCACCUUGAAGUGAAUGCGGUGGGAGUGGGGAGCACCGUGAUCCUACAGAUGGUGUCCACAGAGUGUCAUACCUGUUACCUACAGAAUGUCUCCUACAUACCCCCAGGGGUGAAAAACUGCUCUGUCAUUGUGGACACACGCUGGCCAGUCAGGAUGGCUAUUAUUAGCAACAACAGCGAUGAUACCUUGGCUAGGAACUGUACAGAUGUUGACAGGUUUACAUUUCUAGAAGGUGGACAGUAUUAUAUUUUUGUGACACGGAAAGAUUCAGUUAUUAAUUGCCUGAAACCAAUGCUUCAGAAUUCCCCAACAGACAGUAACAUUGCUGUGUAUGGGGCUCUGGGAAUAUUUGCUGGAAUUGCUAUAAUAUGGAUUGCCAUAAAAAAAGGAAGGAGAUGCUGUUUGAAGUUGAUAUCAGAGAUUGCCCCGUCAGAGGGUCUUGCUGAUGCUAAUAUUGUCACUGAAAGAGAUCUUGGCAUGCCUACAAAUACAGCUUUGGAACAAAGUGGACAGAAAGAAAAAGUGAAGAAGGAACGCUUAAAGUCUUUGGAUACUUUCCGUGGUAUCUCACUUGUGAUAAUGAUGUUUGUAAACUAUGGCGGUGCUGACUAUUGGUUCUUCAACCAUUCAAAAUGGAAUGGGCUUACAGUGGCAGACCUAGUGUUUCCCUGGUUUAUCUGGAUCAUGGGAACUGCUCUGGCCUAUUCAUUCCAGUCCUUGGCACGAUCAAAUGCAAGCCUUGGUUCAAUGUUUGUCAAAAUCCUCAGAAGAUCGCUUACCCUUUUUGCACUUGGAAUUCUUGUCAAUAGUGGAGGUUCACAUAACUUUCAGCACUGGAGAAUAAUGGGCGUCUUACAACGGUUUGCCCUCACAUAUCUGGUGACUGCUUCAAGUCAGUUGGCUUUCAUGCUCAAUGUUAACAAAGCGCCCACUAAGUUUCCUCUGAUUAAGGAUUUAACCCUUUACUGGAAGGAGUGGAUAGUCCAGCUUUCACUGGUUGUCCUCCACCUGAGUUUGACCUUCUUCAUGCCCGUACCGGGUUGUCCCACAGGCUAUAUUGGGCCGGGAGGACUGGCAAAUGAUGGGGGUGGCAAAGAUGUCUUCAACUGCACUGGCGGUGCUGCAGGGUACAUAGAUGAGCAAAUUUUUGGAGUUUCCCUGGUCUAUGGCUCUCCAACAAGUAAAGAAAUCUAUGACAGCACUGUGCAUUAUGAUCCUGAGGGCCUUCUUGGUACACUGAAUUCAUGCUUCUUGUGCUUCUUAGGACUUCAGGCCGGAAAAAUACUGAUAAUCUACCGUGAUGUGAAGUCUAGAGUGACACGCUUCACUGCCUGGGCUCUGGUUACUGGUAUCAUCAGUGCUAUAUUGUGUAAAAUGAGCAAAAAUGAUGGCUGGAUCCCCAUAAACAAGAACCUUUGGUCACUUUCGUACAUUCUAGCCAUGGCAUCUAUGGCAUUUGUGCUCUUGACAUUUUGCUACAUUGUCAUUGAUGUGUACAAGUGGUGGAAUGGCGCCCCAUUUUUCUACCCGGGCAUGAACUCUAUAGUGGUAUACGUGUGCCAUGAAGUGUUUAGCCAACCAUUCAUGACUUUCUGGGAUAUAGAGCCUCACUCUCAUGCUGUCUUCUUCCUUAUCAAUACUUGGGAUGUGACAUUCUGGAUCAUGUUGUCAUUCUUUAUGUACUGCCAUAAAAUUUUCAUCAAUGUUUAAAGACAAUGUAUGUUAUAUCUUCUUGUUGCUGUGACAGUAUUGUGUGUUGUUCUUCAGGAUUUAUCCUUAUCACUGUUUUUCAAUAACCAUGGUGCAUGUUCAAAUACAUACAUAAAUUUACAAACUAAAUGUUUGUUGUUUUUAUGAUCUUUAUUGAGCUGUUGGUGAGAAAUGAAUACCAGUGUUGAAGGCAAACGAUUUAACGUAGAAGGUAAAUUAAUAUAAGUACAUUUCUUUGCUUAAAUUCAGUGCCAAGAAUGGAACAAAACAACAGAUCUCAUGUCGAAUGCCUUGACCCUUUGAAAUCCUGUAUUUUUUAAAGUGACAUCUAACAAAACUUGUUUUUUGUGUGUUUUUCAGAUCCUUGUUCUCUGUGACUGACAUCCUAAC